AUGCCAGGCCUCCUGCAAGCACAGAACCCUCGUGUGCAUGGUGCAGCCGUCGAGGUCUUGAGCAGCACAUUGCUGCCGAAGCUGGCCGAAAGGCUGCAUUGCGCUUGGGCGCAGAUCGCCGCGGCCAUGCAGCAGGGCAAGUGUGAUGCCAUCCAAGCUGCGAUGGCAAAGGAACAGGAUGUGCUCGACUUCUUAGUCGACCUCCUGUCCCUUGGGCAGCCUGCAGUGACGCAGGCCGUGGCGGCGGCGAUCGUCUGCGGGCCGCUGCUCUUCCAGCUGCACGUGCUGGCAGCGCGCCACAGGUACGUGAACAGACCCCAGAGCAUCUGGGAG